UAAUAGUUCAUCCAUGUUUCACUUUAAGGUUGUUUCAAUCUAUUUUCACUGAAAAUAUGGACAUAUGUUCAAACGAUAGAGUAAGCUGUGACUUAGAUAUUUGUCGUUAUUCUGAUCAUCUUGAUGAACAUACUCUACAGAGAGAUCAAGUCAUCACCACCACUUCAAAAGCCUUGAAAUAUGAUUAUUUCUUCCCACAUAGACAUAUUGUUACAGCUCUCUGGUUCAAGCUGAAUGACUUCAAUAGUUUAUAGUUUGAAAAGUAAUACCAGUUUCAGAUUUUCAUCUUUCCUCCUUAUUCACCACUUCAGUAAUUUAUCCUGAAGCAGAAUGGUAAGCUUUUUUUUUUUUUUUGGCUGGAGUCACAAGAUCUUGUUUCCAUGAACAUAAGACACUAACUAUGCCUGGCAUGAUGUGAACGCCCAGGUGAUACUGGAAAACUCCCUCAAAUUAAGUACUGCUCAGGGACAGCAGGGCUCCUCUGUAAAGUCAGUCAGACAAGGCUUUUCAGUUGGUACAGAGAGUUUUUGAGUUAUGUUCCCGGAGUGAAUAAAUGAGCCAGCUGAGUAAACAUACUGAGCAUCUGAGAUUUAGGUCAGUGGUCUUCACAGUGGAUGGUAGUGAAAAGUACUGAUUUCUGUCUAACUUCAUUACUGGUAACUUCAAGUAGUGACCAGUGAUUUGACCCCCCACUUUUAUUCCCAUCAUCAUUGCAGACAGCUGUUGGACUGCAAACUAAAUAAAAUCAAAGAGCAAAAGCUCACAUAGGUGUCUGCAGCCUACUGGGUUUUCUAUUUACGGAUCAUAGCCAUGAUACAGCUUGGUGAGUCCUAAUUUAUGUAUUUGGGUCAAAACAUUAUCCCCCUCCUGCACUCUGUCAUAUGACACCAAACUCGUGAUGCACCACACCAGUGCUUUCCAACACAGAGCUGAGCUUCUGGCUGAACUGGUUCAACCUAUGAGGAAUGUGUUUGUGCAAGUCUGCUGUACUUUGCCCAGCCCCUUGCUUGGAAUAAUUAUGGUCUGUCUCAAAGUGUUCCAGGAAAAACAAUCUUUUAAGCAGAAAAUAGGCCUAGCCCAGUGCUAUGGAAGCUCACACUAUUAUCACAUGAAAUGAAAAAUGCGCAUGACUCCGAACAACAAACGUGACGGUGGGACUUUCUUAGAGGUUGGUUGUAAGUGUUUUGGGUGGGACGUCCAGUUCCACGUCAACACUUUCCACAACAAACACGUCACACAGGUUUUACCAGAACUUUCUGAAAGAGUUUUGAAAUGGAUCUUGUGAAACAUACCGGUGGCUGCCACUGUGGGGCUGUUAGAUUUGAAGUCUGGAGUUCCCCGGAUCUCUAUGUUUUCCAUUGCAACUGUAGCAUUUGCACAAAGAAACAAAACAAUCAUUUCAUUGUUCCAAAACAACACUUCACACUCCUGCAGGGGUCAGAUAAUCUUACCACAUACACGUUUAACAGUCACGUUGCAAGACACACCUUCUGUAAAACCUGUGGGGUUCAAAGUUUCUACACUCCACGCUCCAACCCUGACGGCCACGGUGUUGCUCCACACUGUUUGGAUCCAGGUACUGUGCGAAGUGUCACAGUAGAGAAGUUUUGUGGGGAGAAGUGGGAAGAAAGCAUGCAAGCUCACCAGACCAUCAGAGACAUGUCUAAACCUGCAGCGGACGUACAGCUGAGAGAAACAAAAUAACACCACUGAUAUAAGAAUCAAACUUUUAUUUCAAUCAGCAGUAUAUCAGAAAUAUUGUACAGUAUUUUCAACAAUCUUUGCAAUAA